UGUUUGUUAUUAACAAAUAUGUUUGAAUUUGCUUAUGUAUAAUCCAGUUUAUUUAAUCGAAAAUCAGUUGUUACUUAUAUGAUUUCAGUUAAUUAAGAAUUUAAUUUGUUGGGUGAAAAAAAUCUAAAAUUUUCAAAUCAUCAUUGGAUAACUGAGUAUUUUAGUUAGAUGAAUAAAAGAUUUGAGAAAACAAAUGGGAGUGAGUCAUGAUGGUAACUAUAGAAAUAUAUGAAAAACUCCUUAAGUUGUUAUGUAUUAUUAAUAUUAAUUAUAUACAUAGGGAUAUACCAUAUACUAUAAUUAUGGUAGAAACAAUUACAGUAAACAUAACUAAUAUAUUUGACUAAAUACAUAUCGCUAGCUGUAGCGAUCACUGUUGUGGUUUUGCAGGCGAUACAGGACCCUUUGAGACGCUAUGAUGUGCUUUCAGUUCUCUUACUGUGACGGCAAGGAUGAACCGCCAAUAAGUCCAACACAAAGCACAAUCCGGUCCUUGAGCUCUGGAUUUACAGAUCGUACUGCAUCUGGAUCGGAGUCAAGUGACCAAAGUGUCCAUGAUCCAACAACUAAAUUAAAAAUGUCCAAAUCUUAUCCUAGUUUCUCCAGAAUGCCAAGUAAUCUUAAAGAGUUCAAAUUUUCCGAGCUCAAGUCGGCUACCAAAAACUUUAGUCUUUCUGUAAAGCUUGGAGAGGGUGGGUUCGGGUCUGUAUACACUGGCACCAUUAGAAAUCCUCGCGAUCCUAGUAAAGAUCUCAAUGUGGCUGUCAAGCAGCUUGGCAAAAGAGGAUUUCAGGGGCAUAAGGAAUGGGUGACAGAGGUGAAUGUUCUUGGGAUCGUUGAGCAUCCGAAUCUUGUUAAACUAGUUGGAUAUUGUGCAGAAGAUCACGGUAAAGAAAUCGAACGGCUUUUAGUAUAUGAGUAUAUGCUUAAUAAAAGUGUAGAAUACUAUUUAUCUAGCAAAUCCCCAAAAACGCUCUCGUGGUCAAUGAGGUUAAAAGUGGCUCAAGACGCCGCUCGUGGCUUGGCAUACUUACAUGAAGGACUGGACUUCCAGAUUAUAUUUAGAGAUUUCAAAUCUUCAAAUAUUCUUCUAGACGAUCAAUGGAACGCUAAGCUUUCGGAUUUUGGAUUAGCUCGGUUAGGUCCUAAAGAAGGAUAUACACAUGUCACAACAGCGGUAGUAGGAACAAUGGGAUAUUCGGCUCCAGAAUACAUACAGACCGGUCGUCUAACUACCAAGAAUGAUGUAUGGAGUUAUGGGGUGUUUCUUUAUGAGCUCAUAACGGGUAGACGCCCAUUUGAUAGAAACCGACCCACAGAGGAGCAGAAGCUUCUAGAAUGGGUGAGACCUUUCCUAGAUGUGAAAAACUUUCCACUCAUAGUUGAUACUAGACUUGAAGGUAAGUACCCGCUGAAAUCUGCACUGAAGUUGUCAUUGAUUGCAAACAAGUGUUUGUCUAGAAACCCAAAAUCAAGGCCAAAGAUGAGUGAGGUUUUGGAAAUGGUUAAUCGGCUAGUCGCGGUUGAGUCAGAAACAACGGAUCCUGGAUCACCUAUUAAUGUUCAUGUCCCAUUAGCCGCGAUUGAAGAAAGCGAGAUAAAAAGGACUCGUGAAAAUGAAGGUAAAACAACAUCCAUUGAUGUCAAACUUGGAGAUUCUGCUUGGUUUUCUGGCUUAUGGCCUUGGAAGCCUUCAAUAACUUGUUGAUUUGAAGUUGAUAAUUAAAGUGUAUAGAAUGGUUGUAACUAAUGAUAUGUUGUCUUUUUGGUUA